UUUACAUAUGGAUUUUCUUACUAUCCUAACGAUGCGUACGUUAAACCUUUUGGCAGCUAUCUGGCUCCAUACUGGCUCACCAAAAAAAAGUGUCAAGGAAAGCAAGCUUGGAUUUUGGCGUCACUCCUUUCAAAUUCCAUUGCCAGCAUACUCAUUGACUGAUAAACUUGAAUUGUUGCUUCUCGUUGUGUUGUUGUCCUCCGGUGGCUAGCUAGCAAAAAAAUGGCCCUUUCCUAAAUUAGCCAUGGAUGGAGCUAGGGUUUUGGACAUGUGGUUUUAUUUAUCCUCCGUAAUGGCCAAUGAUUAUAAUGGCAUUGUUGUGCCAGAGAGGAUGGAAGUUGGAAGUUCAAUACAGUAACGUUAGAUGUAGAAGGCUAAUGUUUUAACUCGCUAAUGUUGCCUCGAAUUGAAGUUAGGCUAGCGAACAAGCAUUUUAGCCAGGUAGCCAAAGACAACAAACAAAUAAAAGCGUGUACUUCUGUAUGACAGAGUGAUAGACCAUGUCCUCAACAUGAAAGCGAGGAGGUGGCAUUGGCGUUUCUCUACAAGUAGGUCUCUGUGACAGGUGGAGAGCAGCACAGCAUUAGACCAACAGACGUCCUAAUAAUGUGCAGUCUGCUGACACUGGAUGACUGGAAACAGCAGAGAUGAAGGAGCUAUGGAUUAUGGCUGUCUUUACCACAGUCUCUUUUCCACAGGGGAAUCUCACCACAUCCUCUGCCAUUCCAACCACCAUUGACAUAACUACCCCAACUACUGCUGCCCCUUUAACCCCUGACCCUCCAUUUACUGACACUCCAACUACUGGUUACCUAAAUACUUCUGGUCUUCCAACUACUGGUUACCCUACAUCUAUCCCUAUCACCAGUAUCAGUCUCCCCUCUCCCACCACAACCCCUCUGGACUGUAUCAACGGUGGUGAGCUGCAGAGUGGAGUCUGUAUCUGUCCUGAUGAGUGGACCGGAGAGACCUGUUCAGAGGAGAAUUUCUGCAAUUCCACCAUCAAGGAUGGAUUCUCCUUCCCAAGAACUACAGUUGGCUGGUCUGCUUAUUCAGAAGAGUUGUGUGAUGAGAAGACAACCAGUGCCGGUUUACCAGAAGCCUCAGCAAGAUGUUUAAAUGACACUGGAUCUCCAAUGUUUGGUCCUCCUCACAUUCUGCAGUGUGAAUUUACCCUCAGUGACAUUCAAGGAAAUAUCUCCAGCAGUUCAGGUGAUUUACUAGAGUUAGCCUUCAGUACUCAGAUCCUGACCUCCCAACCAGAGCAGCUGUCAGCUGACAACAUCACCACAGCAGCUCAAAUAGCUAACACGAUGCUUCAGUCUGCAAAUAUCACAGAGGACAUCGCAGUGGCAGCUGUAACAACCAUCAGUCAGCUGCUGAAUUCCAGUGAGGAGAGUUCACAGGAGAGAGAUGCUGUCCAAAACCUCACAGAGACCCUGGAGAAGUUUUCCCUGGACCAGCACAAUAAUGUGUCAUUGGUGGUUCAGCCCAACCUGGUAGUCCAGUCUGUCCAACUACCAAGUGAUUCAGUAGGGAUCCAGUUUACUGCUCUGACUGGAAGUUCUGGCAAUUUUGUGGCAAACGGAAUUCAUCUCAACACAAAUACCUCUGAACUGAUAGCUGACAAAGGAGGUGCUAGCGAUGUCCAGAUUGUCAUAAAAUUCCCAUCAGUUUUGCAUAGUAAAAACACAAACCACUCCAUUGGUUUUGUACUCUACCAAAACGACCGGUUCUUCAGGUCCAGUGCUUUCAGUGCUUCUUCAGGGACCAGCAGAACGGUCAUCUCUGCUAACCUGGGACAGGUGUCUGGGUUACAUGUUGAGAUGGUCUUCAAGCCCACAGUUGUCCCCAACGCCUCCCUCUAUGACUUUGCCUGCGUGUCAUGGAACUACACAUUGAAAGACUGGAGCACCUUUGGCUGCUCCAAAGUCAACCACUCAGAAGACGGCCUGCGAUGUUUCUGUAAUCACACUACUAAUUUCGCUGUGCUGAUGUCGUUCAGGAGGGAUUUUAAAUACGCUGAGGCGCUAAACUGGAUCACCAUAUUGGGAUGCUCCAUGUCCAUCAUCGGGUUGAGUUUAACAAUAACAUUCCAGAUCACAACCAGGAAAUCACGCAAAACCAACCCAACAGUCCUCUUAGUGAGCGUCUGCGUGUGUCUCCUGAUCUUCACCCUCCUCUUCAUGUUGGGAGUGGACAACCCUCAUAAACAGCUGGACAAACCUGAAAUACAGGAGGACAACAUUCUCCCCCCGUCCGACACACACACAGAGCAGGACAGAGGGCCCUGUACUGCAGUGGCGGUCCUGCUGCAGUACUUCCUGUUGGGGACGUUCACCUGGAACACGCUGUACGCCACAAAUGUCUUCCUGAUGAUCAGAAACAGCCUGGCCACCAGCCCGUCACAGUUCACAGCCUAUACCGUGGCCAUCGGAUGGGGACUGCCUGCGGUUGUGGUGGCCCUCACCUUAGGAAUUAGUUACAGAGUGGAUGAUCCACUGGGUUACAGGCAGGAGGAAUUUUGCUGGCUUGCUGCCCUCGAUCCAAAGGGGAACUUUGACUUCAAGCUGCCAAUGUUUUGGGGGUUCCUGAUCCCUGUGGCGUUCAUGCUUAUCUUCAACACAGUGGUGUUGGUAUAUUUUGCAGUUACAACAUGCAAGACCAACCCACAUUUAACCAGUACAAGACACACAUCGAUGAAGAAGAAGUUCCUCAGUAGCUUUUCUCUGGCUGUGGUGCUCGGUCUCUCCUGGAUCCUGGGCUAUCUGUUGCUCAUUACACAGAACCAGACCAUGUACACCAUACUCAACAUCUCCUUCUGUGUACUCACCACCACUCAGGGCUUGCAGAUUUUCAUUCUGUUCACAGCAAGAACAGCAAUUGUCAAGAAAAGGAUGUCAAGUGCUUUGAAUUCUGUCUCUAGCGCUGGGAUCCCUCUUCACACUAGGAAGUUCAGUCUAUGGCGAGGAAAGCAAAGUGAUAAAGUAGAAUCAUACACACAGCAGGACACUGUGUCAUUUCCAACUUGUUCCUCACAGACAUCUAACUGAUGGGCUGCAAGUUCAAACCUAGUUUGUAAAACUUCUCCUCUUGUACUAUAAUAUACAAUAUACUGCAUACAAUUUUGUAUCCACAUAGAGUAUAUUUACUGUGACGACUAGUUCCUCAGUUGUCCAAUGAAUUUUGGAAUAAAAGUGUUCAAUAAUCCCCAGUUUACAAUUGGCUCAUUCAUCCCCCUCCUCUCCCCUGUAACUAUUCCCCGGGUCGUUGCUGCAAAUGAGAACGUGUUCUCAGUCAACUUACCUGGUAAAAUAACGGUAAAAUAAAUAAAUAAAAAAAUAAUUAUGUGAUUGUCUUUUUAAGCUAAUGUUUGUUUUAGUUUUCUUAUAGUGAGAAAAAACACAAUUUUACACAAUAUCUCAGAAAAUAGCUUAAGACCGUGUAGCCCAGGGGUGUCAAACAAAUGUUCCCCUCAGGCCACAUUUGGUCAUUACCGAGGUUAGAUGGGACGCACUUAAAAUUGAUUAAGAAGCUCCUGCUCCAUCGGCCUGUACAGCACAGGCUGCAGCUGCCAGUUACAUCUGUGGUAGAGGACUACAGGGCAACAAAAGUAUGUCAGCCUAUGAUGCUGCGGGACCGCAAGGAUGAGAGGGUUCGCCAGGCAGAGAUCGAGGUCAGAACCGGUUGCAAGUGGGCAACUAGCGCAGCACUCAUGGAGGCGGGUCUGGGAUGCACAUCCAGGUCACGGUAACAUUGUUGGGUCGGUAAAACCAAGACAGGCUGGGUCUGGGAUACACAUCCAGGUCAAGCUGGAAGAAAGCAGAUCCAAAGUAGUGCUGUGGUGCAGAUGGAGGUCUGAAAGGCUGAGGAAGAAAAUAGGCAUGUCAGAGUUGUAGCCAUGAAAAAACACGGCAGCUGGACAUGCUGUGGGAGCGUGAGAGAGAGGGCACUCACCUGGAACAUGGAAGGGCAGCGGAUUAGGUUUCUGCUUUACUCUGUGUACAAUGUUUUUCCCACACCAAUUUACCUUCACACGUGGGGGUUGGCAAACAGCCCAGACAGCUGUACACUAUGUGGAUGACCAGCCACUCUGAAGCACAUGCUCUCUUCCUGCCACGCAGGUCUGACCAAUGGAAAAUUCAGGUGGCAGCAUGACCAAAUACUGACUCAGCUAGCUGUGAGACUGGAGCAAGCAAGAAGAAAGCUGAAACAUCUCACCCAGGGCUCCUGUUUCAUCCACUUCCUCAGGUCAGGAGAAAGCGAAGCAAAGUGAACAAGGAGCAAAGGAAUCUUGAUUACAAAAUAGUACCAAAAAAAUCUAAACUUGAAUAAGUAGGUGUGUCUAAACUUUUGACUGGUACUGUAUACCAGUCAAAAGUUUAGACACACCAACAGGUGUAGGCCGUCAUUGUAAAUAAUAAUUUGUUGUUAAAUAGCUUGCCUAGUUUAUAUGAAGGUUAAAUAUAUAUAACAUUUAUGACCAUGGUUUGUUUUCAUUUGCCCUAUUUAGCAUAGCUCUGUUCUGCCCUGCCCCCCUGUGGAGCUCAAAAGUUACUGUUUCUUACUGUUAACUCCAAUUUGUGAUUUUGUGAAUACAAUAUACUAUUUGUAUAGCAGUGUGUAUCAUGUUACUUCUUUGUAAUAUUGUUUUAUUGCCAUAUCCUUAUAUCGUAUUCUAAUGAAUAAUUCCUCUUUAUUCUGUACUUUCAGAAACCACAAACAGUAUUUGUCAAUAUCAGAACUGGUACUGGAGCUGGACAUCUUUGGAGCUGAAGAUUGAGGCCAGCUUUUGUAUCCUAGUGUCUCCUUAACAGUUUUACUGGAUGAAAACACAGCAAGAAAACGCAUAGGCCAAUAUGUAAUAGCUGUCUAUUUUAUUGCAGUAUUGGUGCUGGUUUGUUGAACAACAACUUGUUUUACUAGAGGGAAAAAAACGAAUAUGCAUAACCCAUAUUUAAUAUUCAUGCAGUGGCUGAACAACAACCCCCCACCUCUAAAGGAAAAGUAUCAUGGCAGGCCACCUGUCAAGUCACCUACCAGCUCAGUCAGUCACUAAUUGCUGCAGUUGUGCCAAAUAGUGCUUGAGCAUAUGAUACUCCCCAAAGCAUGGUGAAAUACAUAGAGGUGUAUCACAAGCUUAACACGUAUUUUGUCAACUUCAUCUGCUUACUUCUCCUGGUGCCAGACAGGCAGUUGCAGUGCCUCCGUGUGUGACUACCUUGAGCAGCAGUUUGAGGGACUUUGCAGGGAAAACAAAGUGUAGUGAGGCGUAGGGGAUUGUCCCUAGCAGUUCUCAUGAGAUUCUCUGUACUUUUGGUAGGUAAUUACUUUACCUAUGAGGCAGUGGGUAGGUGUGAGAUAUUGUCACUUUAAUUGCAUAAUGGAACUGUAUGCGAUUUGUAUGUGAACUGUACACCCAAUUACAAAAAAUACCUUGUUCAGUAAUCAUCGCAAGUGUUAGUUGGCGGUGAACUAUGUGGCCAUUGAGGGCAGCAGUGUCGAACAAAUGGAAAAAUAUAUUUUUAUACCACUUGGUCGUUUUCAAAGUGCAUUCCACAAAGCUGUUUAUCAUAUCCACCUUAUCCACUGCCCUCAUUUUGAGGUUAUAGUGAAGCACACAGUCUGGUUUGAUUUUUCUCUUUCCCGUCAGGUGGUCCACCUUCCCUGUGGCCGAUAUGGUUGCUGUAUGGACAGUGGAGAGGACACGUCUCGUUUGUCAUGCAACUUUACUGCCAGCUGUUGACCAUUCUCCUUGAACUCCCCCUCCCCUCUCAGCAUCUUCCUGCAUCCGAAUGCCAGCAUCCCCUUCCUGUUCGACCUGACUGUGCCACAGGCCCCUGUGAUGUUGGAGAGCAGAUGCUGGAAGAGUGUGGGACUGCUGUACCAAUUGUCCACAUACAAAGUGUGUCCCUUGCUGAGAUGAGGAGUCAGCAUGGUCAUCACCACGGACCCGGACACCCGAAGCCCCUCGUAAUGUUGGAUGUCAGUGGUGGACGUCACGUCACACAUGACAAAGAACUUGACCCCUAACCUGUGCCUUUUGGAGGGAAUAUAUUGACGGAACGCCAGCCUACCUUCCCAUAAUAACAGAGACUCACAAAGACCCGACCAAAUGCUGAUGUCAGGCUGGAUAGAACAUUUCUUAUUUUGUAUAACGGGGAAUUUAGGAUGGCAGUAACAUUGUUGACGAAAUGCAGGCAUCGAAGCAGAACUAGGCGGUCUUGGGAAAAGAGGGUGACAAAGAAGGGAGUUGCAAACAUAGGAUCUGUGCUCCAGUAUUCUCCUGGGGAGUUCUUCUUUACUAUCCAUUUCACUAAUUGUGGUUGUCUCCCAUUUAGUGAGUUUCCCCCUCACUCCUGGCUCUCUCUUCUCCUGUAGCUCCAAGGCAUAGCGAUUAGUCUCCUCUACUAUGUCUCCCACCAGCUCCUCUGUCAGAAACAACCUGAAGCACUCUGCCUCAGAUGGAAAUGGCAAGAGGCGUUGCACUCCAGACUGGGACUCAUCAAAGCAAACAGCAGGGCCAGGAGGGGUGAAAUGGCUGGUGGCCUUCCAGCUACCACAGAACUCCUGUACUUCAUCCACUGCCGGUCUGCCUCCAUCACCACCAGCAUCUUCAAAGGGACCUGGGACUUUGUCAGUGGACAAGGGGUCCUCAGAUUCAGGGUUCUCAAUGGCUACAAGGUUGGGGGGCAUCUCCUCACUGUCAGAAUCUGAUUCCUGACUUUCAUACUCGUUGUCAGAAUUGUUAAAAAUCUCCAGAAUUUCCACAUUUGUGAGUUGUCUCCUUUUGAAAGACAUUGCUAAUGCUACAACACUGAAUGGCUCAGAGUGGGAGUGAGAGGUUAGGUGAUUGACUGCCUGCACGCGCCACUUGUAUCAAUAAAUCACUAUCAGAAAAUGUUUUGUGUGGUAAUUAUUUAUAUAUUUACUGUUUUAUUCACAUGUUUUCAGGCACUGGUGUCAAAUCAUGCAUUCCGAUUCUUGCAUGGAUUGUAAUGGGCAAAUAUGAUGUGUGUAAAAUACUUUUUGAAGGUUGUACUGAUUAUAAUGAGCUAAGCUAAAUCCAGCUAUGUGUGGAGCCAUGUUUGUUGACAUAUAAUAAAUUCUAGGUUUCACGUAAUUGUCUGUUGGAGCAAAGAUGUUAUAACAAAAUGAGGUGAGUAAAGAUGCACUCAUUUUUUGAGAACUUCCGGAAGUGAAUGGUGGGAUGUGAACGAUGGUAGAUGACACACUCCCUUCAACGUGCAUACCAUAUAUAAACGGACCAAACUCAACAUGUCUUCUCUUAUUAUCUUUGGUUUCUGUGAGAGAAAAAAAGCAUGGCGGCGCACAGAAACUACCCAUCGUUGGAUUACUUUCGAUUUCUAGAAAGUGUUUUACUCAAUUAUUUCGAUCAAUGGUGAGCUCACCCGGGAUGUGAUUAAUUAUAAAUAGUAAUUGCUAUUAGCUAAUUCAUAUUGUAGUUUCUGUCAGCCACGAGAUAUAAAAAUAUGACCGCUUGUGUUAUGUCAAUCUUUCCUCAGUUAGCGCUAGGACAAAUGUAGCCUACAUUUUCCCGGUUUGGAUGAUUGUGUUACGCUGUAGAUACUUCUGUGAAUGUCUGAACAUUGCAUCCAAAAAUAAA